AUGUAAUCAAUAAUAGAUAGCAAUGAAAGGAAUGAGCCUCAAUCAAGUCUAUUUUUCUCUUUACGUCAUGAUCAAGAGUAGAGUAAUAGCUUUCGCAGUUUAGAUGAUGAUCCAAAGGAAAAUAGGGAUGCAACUUCAAUUAAUGUAGAAAUGCAGAUUGUCAAUAAUUACGAAUCUUAAGAUUCUCCCAUCUCCACUCAACAAACCUAAGAGGCAUAAUAAUCACUUAUCUAGUUAAGGCUAUUAGGGAGAGAAGUUAAAGAAGUGAAACCCUCUUUUAAAAAAGAAAUUGUUCCUAUCAAUAUAACAUUUUUGUAUUUGGAGUACAUAACAAAUAAUCCUGGGAUGAAGAUCUGGUUAUUAUCAAAUAUCAUGUUGGAUAUAUGCUUAAGGUUGCUGAUAUUAGUGUUUUUUUGUAUAGGAACAGUGGAUGAGAACAAGAUAAUAGAUCCUUAUUAAGAUAGCAAAGUUACAGCCUAUUUUGUGAUUUUCAUCUAGAUUCCUCGGAUAUUGCAUUUACUUACAACUUCUAAGUUGAUUUUCAUGGAUAAAUACAACCUUUAAAAUAGAUCCUAUCUUCCAAUGAGCUAUGUCUUUAGAGCUAAUUUCAUUUAAGAGAUUUGUCCUGAAUAAGAAGAUCUUAAACCAAUCAAUUAUAAGGAUAAUAUUCUCUCUCUCAGAACAAUUAUGUUUAUCCUAUUACCAAUUGAACUCUAAUGGAUACCUAUGUACCCUUUUAGAAAUAGAAAUAAUUCAGAAAAUACCAUCAUCAUUAGUAGUUACAUCCUAAAAAGCAUUGAAGUCAUGGUUUUUGAGCCGAUCCUACUCAUUUUAAUUUCUUUCAAAGCUGAAAAGCUUUAACUCUAUACUAGAUUGCUCUUUGGACUAAUACUUCUUGAUAUUAUCAAAUUUGUAAUACUGAAUUUGUGUUUAAUUAUCUUCAGCAAUGUAGGAAAAAAUUCUAAAGUUAAAAUAUGA